GCGUGUGCGCACUCUGCGAGAUCCGUAACUGGUGGGAGUCACCAAGAGUCAGUAGCAAAAGUACGGGAACGGAAAAGUUAAACCGCGCAGGCCUCAGACAUGCCCUUGCUGCAAGAAGCCUCUGUACGACAACAAUGCUAUUAUUAUAGCGGUCGUGGCGCGUCGAGCACGUAUGAGAGAAAGCGGCACGCUGUCGCUAGACUUUGAUGAUACCCCCACGAGAUUCAGCAGCAGGGCGCGGCUACCCGGUUGUCCAGUAUUGUGUUUGCGAUUGUCAACAUAAUCGCACUUGUUGUUGUCGCUCCCGUCAACGUCGUUGUCGUUGGCGCAUUUGUCGUUUGCGGCUUUGAUGUUAUCGUUGUUUUUGUUGUCGUUGUGCUUCAGACCGUAGCGUAAGCAUCAGCAGCAGCAACGUGGCCAAUUGGCCUGCGCUUUUUUGGAGUAGCGACGCCGAUGGUGAAGGAUAGAUUUGGAGCGGCAUGAAGCGAACCGCUCCUACUGAACUACCGCAUGCACUGUGAAAAGUGAGAGGGUGAGUUGCGCCCAUUACCGUGUCCUUACCUGGCAGAGUGACUGUAAAUUAUGGCACAGCUGACAACAGCAAAGGCAAUAUCAGUAACGUAAUAGAGGCCUAGAUCUGCAGGGACAUCCUGAGUGGCAGUGUGUGUAGCGUAUUGGGUGCUCCUAUGCAGGUGAAAUCGUCGUAUAGGACAACACGUAUAGGACGUCAGAAGAUAGAAUUUUAUUCAUUGUUUGUCGUACUUUUGAGAUAUUACUCGCGGAAGGAUUAAACAUACAUGGCAAAGUAGUGACGAUACACGAAACGUCAAUUAAAAUGUGGGUAAUGUGAUAUGUGAAAUGGAGAGAAAAGGCUAAAAAGUCGUGUACUGGCAUUGUUGUGUAGAAACUAGGAAACGUUUUCCUAGUUUUCAACGGGAACGAACCAGUUUGUAGGAAAUGCCUUUGAUGUUUUUGCUGACACUUGCGACGCUUAGUAGGCCUGGACAAGUAAGCCCGAAAUCGACGACUUGCAUGGGUACGUGCGCGAUCGAGCUGAUGACUGCGCGUGUUUGUACUCGAACGAAGAACGUCAAGGUUGACUGGCAAAGCUGCGUAUUUCAAACGACGUAAAUUCUUCCGAUCUGACGAUACCGUGCGCCGCUGCGAUGUUGACGUUGGUGUCACCGUUAUUCGUUAGUGCGUCCUGGCGUUCUGUUGGCUACUGACAUCGUCAUAUGAGGAACGAUGAAAUUUAGUUUGCGUUUGGGAUCAGGCUGGAGGAGCUGGCGGAUGGAAGGAUUCGCACCCCGGAAAUAAUUAAAAAACCUAGUACGCUCAACGUCAUCCGAAUUCCCUAGCUCAUCUCCAUUUGCGCUUGCCUGUUCGUCUCGCCAACGACGAAAAUCCAGUUAUGCUCGUGUGUCGUUCUUCACGCUGGCGACGUAAUUUAUACAUCGUCGAGAGAAAACGGCUGUGUUUACUCGGCGAUCGCAGCGUGCGCAGACGACGUACAAGAAGAGGUUGCAUCGACCAGAUUUGUUGUAAAUAUUGAUCAGCUCAACGCGUACUGUGAUAAAAUGACCUCCGCGCAUCACUGUAUCUUAUUCGAAAGUGAGACCUGUCCAACCGAAUUAAGGACAGCGUAUAAUCACGCAGUGAAGGCAGAACAGGACCUCCUAAAGGACCUAUGCAGACCUGGGCCCUUUCAAGAAGAAUACUUUCGGGAAGCUGCUUGCAUGGCUGAGUUAUAUUCAGAACGCAGCAAUCCCUCCGGCGCAAACGAGCGAACCUCCGCAUCUACGACUUCACGUUUAAAUUCCGCGGGCGGACCAUGCAGAAAGCAGUAUUCACGACUAUUAUACGUCGCUUUUGAGGCAGCCCGUAUUCCGCGAAAUAAUACUUUAAAAGGAAAACUUACUCACGAUAUUCAUGAUAAUAUGUCUACUUUACAAAAACUUUGCUGCGCAUACUACGCUGUGUAUGAAUGUACCCAAGCCCACGCAAGUCGCUGCGGAGGACUCGGCAGGAUGAAGUUCCCAUUACGUCAAAUUUAUCAAGGUCUUGAACAACACUGUCGGACGUAUAAGUCCACCUGCUUAAUACACGUCAAGCAUCCGCCGCCCCCGCAUCGGUCUGGUGUGUAUCCGCCGGGUUUUUCAAAGACACCCGCUUAUGGCGGAUCGUCCAGCGGCAAGAAGGUGAAGGCCAGGCCGCUUGGGCCAGCUGCAGGAAGUCCGACUUUGGCGACGACUCCCGCAAUAUCUCAUUCCGGUAUUGCGGUCGCCUCCGUAAUGCUUAGCUUCGUCCAAUUGAUUCUCUUCAAAUUCUGUCGAUAGCCUUGCUCUCAAUAGUUCUUCGCUCAUUUUGAAUUAGUUUGUUUUUUUAUUAUUGCCUAUAAAAUAAGAUGAUCUAAAUAUCUUAAAUCUUAGCGAAGUCACAAUAACGAAUUACAUCUUGCUGAUCAUAGCCUGUGCGACUGCCGGUCGCAGAACAGCGAUACGUAAUGGUAUAAUUUGAUUAUUAAGAACACUUUA